CAAAUUGCCCAAGUUGAAAACACUACGCCAUUAACAAAGUGCUGUUAGUGUAAAGGUCACCGAAAACUAAAUAAUUUUCAUUAUAAUUAUAUAAUUGAUCUAUAAACUCAUAUCUCAUAUUGCAGAAGGAGGACUUAUCUUUAUUGUAUUUACAGAAUAAUAUCGACACCACAAUGUGAUGAUUUAGAAAAUCUCCGUAAAAUGACCAUGGUAUGUGAAAGAAGUUUCGAAUUCACUUCUUCGGAUUUUACGAAAACUUGAUUCUUUAUUCUAUACAUGGAUGAGUUCCAUCCAUUCAUCGAGGCCCUCCUGCCCCAUGUGAAGGCAUUCUCCUACACGUGGUUCAACCUGCAGGCAGCCAAGCGGAAACACUUCAAGAAACAUGAGAAACGCAUGUCUAUGGAGGAGGAGCGCAGGGUCAAGGAAGAAUUACAGAAUGAAAAACCGGAAAUCAAACAGAAAUGGGCUUCAAGACUCCUAGCAAAACUUCGGAAGGAUAUAACGCAGGAAUGUCGCGAGGAUUUUGUAUUGAGUAUAUCUGGAAAGAGACCGCCGUCAUGUGUGUUAAGUAAUCCCGAUCAAAAGGGCAAAAUGCGACGAAUAGACUGUCUGCGGCAGGCGGACAAAGUCUGGAGACUGGAUUUAGUCAUGGUGAUACUGUUUAAAGCAAUUCCGUUAGAAAGUACUGACGGAGAGCGGUUAGAAAAGUCACCGGAUUGUAUACACCCGAACUUGUGUGUGAAUCCACACCAUAUAUCAGUGUCAGUGCGAGAGCUGGAUCUAUACCUUGCCAACUUUAUUCAUAGUUAUGUUCCUGACCCCCGAGAUCCGCGGGCCGAGUACCAAGAGAUCCCCAUGAAUCACCAUGAUCAGGAUAUUAAAGUGCCAGGCAACAUUCAUUCGGGAGUUUCUGGCAAUGACAGUAUUAUGGCCACAGGGGUUUUCAGUGCUCGGGAAUUAAUGCGCGUCACGAGACACUCAUUUGCGACUGAAUUUGAAGAUGUCGACGACAAUAGUCCCAAUGCUUCCAUAAUGAUGCCUCACAAUGGUACACACCCGAUGUUGCCCCCGCCCAAGAUUGACAGCCCCAGCUACUACCAGUACAGUCCCCACCCUCAGGAUCACAGCCAGCACAUGGCCGCCAUGGCCUCUCACCACGGCAUGCCCAACGGUCAGGCUCAGCUUAGCCCCUCAGGUAAUCCUCACAAGCGACUGAAGCGGUCGACGAUGAGCUCAAUCUCUAGUGCGGAUGAGGACCAGGAGAGCAUUGGGGACGACACAGAGCAGAUGUCCAGCUACUACAAGGCAUCCGGCGGGAUGGGCGGGCACACAUCGGCAUGGCAACAAGACCCUAAUAUGGACCCAGGUGCCCCAUCAUCCUCCUCAUCUUCGGGAUUGCAUUCCCCUCGCGUUUUACACUCCCUCCAAUCAACGGCCUCAGAGCGCAAGGGGUUCACUCCCGUGACACCUCGGCCCGAGCAUGCAGCAACGCCUCCUCGAGUCCUGGGCGGUUAUGUACGGCCGCAUGAACUCGGGAGAGAGCCUUCACGAAACUUAAAUCCAUCCAAUCAGGCUGAUGUGACAGAAAUCUCAGACAGCGACGAGGACAGACCGUCUCCACGGCAACGAUCGCACGACCGACCCGCGAUCUCCGUCGGCAACGCUAGCUUUCACCCGAUUCUCACCACUCUAGUUGGCAUGCAGCCAAUGGCGCUGAACUCAAGUCAUGGCCACGGAGUGCUCAAGUACUCGGACCAGGGUGGCCAUGGUCACAGUGGCGACACAUUUCAGGACUUUGUCUCUCUCGUUUGCCAGGAAGCACCAAACCCUCAAGGCCAGUCAAACCCAUCAUCCCCGCCUGGUAAGGGGUCGGGCAAGAUGACCUACUACACCCCGGGGAUGCCCCCACCCCCUCCGCCCCCCACCCUUGCGCGACCAGUGGCGUUACUCCGCACCUCAGAUGGCUCUGUGAUCAGUAGCAACAACACUUCCAUGUCGAGUUCUACAAUGAGCAUCUCCAACAGCCAGGUGAACGUAAGCAACUCCCCCGGGACCCCGCCGGCCAACCGGUCCAUCAUGUCUAGUCCAUUUGCCAUGCUGAACCGGCCAGAACACGGCUUUGCACAUAUCCAUCCACAGGGGCAUCAGUUGUUUUACCCGAACAUCAGUCCAGUGAACGCGUUCAGUGGGGUGAUCAGCCCGACAACGUUGAGCCUCAUAUCGUCGCCUGUAGCAACGCCGCGCACGACACCCCGGUCCACACCCAUCCCUCGCUGGGCCAACCCAUUUGGAAUACCUCUCGAUGACAACAUGGACUACAACAACAUGAUCGCCACCAUGAUGCAUGUGAAUCCCGACGAGCCCCUGAUGAACGAAGACCGCAUUUUCCCGGUGCUGCACAACUCCGACAACGGGAUGGAACCGUCCGGCUCUGGUAACGGAACCAACAAUGGGGGUGGGGCCUCUGGCCCCUCCCACGUGCCUGCCAAUCACCAGGGCUCCCCCACUCCUGGCCCGCCUCCUGCUUCAAAACAGGCAUCUCAGUCAGCCCAGCAGGCCACGUGACAAUCACUGUAGCCUGAGGAAAACACUCGUGUCACCUUUUGGAACUCUGUCACUCUUGGAAAACACUUGUUCACCUUUUGGAACUCUUGUCACCUUUUGGAAAACACUCUGUAAUUUUUGAAGCUUGUUAAGUUAUCUGGCAAGGAAUAUAUUUGAACAAAAUUUUGGGGAAAAUGGUCUUAAUGCAUUUUCUUUAAGUGUGGUCCCUGAUUUAAGUGCGAUCCCUGAUUGGCCUGUGCAGUCCCUAGGGACGUCUUCCGCUUUCAUGAUAUUUUUAUUCAAAAUAAUGUCUCUUGUAAACAAAAAUCCAGUGUAGGCAGAAAGUAUUGUCCAUUUUAGAACUGUGAGGACUGCACAGGCUAUUCUGGGAAGACACUUUAUGCACUUGCAUUAAGCCCUGUGUUCCCACAGCGAGACUCAUUUAUGUUUAAAAAAUGUCAUAGAGCUUGUUUUGUUUACCUAUAAGAAAUAUGUUUGUAUACAAGUAAUGAAUAUUUAUUUCUUGACACACAUUGUUUUAUCCAAAUUUUACAUACUUGCGUGUUACAAAGUGACAAGCUAGCCAAGUAGCUUUAAUAUCAAAUGACAAAACAAAUACUUUGCUUGAUUUUCCGUAGAAAAGAAAAGAAUUGAUCUUCAUAUAUUUUUUUCCCACAAGCCAGCGUUCAAUAAAGGCAAUUAUAUCAAAGCGAAUGAACAGACAAGGUACAUGGUACAGCAAUAGUAUGAAAUCUAACUGUUUUAACAUUUUUUAUUUCGUAAUUAAAUGCCAGUAUUUAAAAAAAUAAGCAAUUUUGUUGGAGGGCUGUUGGCCGGAGAAAGCAUGACUGAGGACACUGUUGUCAGUCUAUGUUGUUUAGUAUGUUGUUGCUAUUUUGUUUGUUACCUGUGCAGGGCUGGGUUAUAUUGUAAACAUGAGAUUGCACACUCGAUGUGCGGCCAGCUGUGAUACAAUUUUUUGUUAAUAUUAUUUUAUUUUAUUAUAGUUUUCUCAGUAAAGUCAUGCUGAUGUUAUUGCGUUUCACUUAAUGAUGCUUGAUUUUUAUUAAGUAUUUUUGUUUGUGUUUUGUUUUUUUCGAGCAAGUGACUGGGACAGAGAGUGGUUUUUUUGUAUUGUUUUUAAAUAUAAUUGCUAGAAUCACAUGAAUUUCUGAACAAGAUCAGAUGUUCGUGCUUUCAUAAAUAUCUCGCUUAAGACCACAUCAAAUUACUUUUCUUAAGAGUUCAGAUAUGUAUGUCCAUAAUUUGAAAAACAACUUGUCACAAAUUCGAGUUAACCUGUUCACAUGUUAAAGUGAAAAGUCAUGCAUGUAUCAAGAUUUUGUUUGUAUUCAGAUGUUUUCUUAAUUUCAUCACAAAGGCAGAUUAUUAAAAAUUGUAAUUUUCACAAGGCACCCUUAAAGCCUGAGAAUCCCUGUACAUUUUACAACCUUUUGCAGUGUUCUUUGAGCACGAAUACUGUAAAAUCAUUUAUAUUUGUCAUCAUCAAAUUUCGUGGUUUUUCACAUAUAUAUAUUUGUUAUAUGUAAAUUUAUGGAUUUCUGGUAAUAUAAAAAAAAACAGCAGAGACAUUUGCGUCAGUCAUUUUUCGAUGUGUUUGUGUUAACUCUUUCAGUGCUGGAACUGAAUUUUGAAGGCCUUUGCAAACAGUUAGGAUCCAGUCGAGACGCCACAGAACAUGGCGUCUCAUCAGGAUCCAAACCGUUUGCUAUUCUGAUAGUAUUCUUUGAAAAAAAAUGAAGAAAAUGCUGAUUUUAGAAAUUCAGCGAACGACAUUUUAGCAGACAACAAAUUUCCCAGUAUGCAAAGGGUUAAAUUAUUGGAUUGAUAAACCCACAAAUUUUAAUGAAAACUAAUGUCCCACAAAAACUAAUGUCCCACAAAUAAUAAUGAGUUUACAGUAUAUUAGAUUGAAACUUCUUCAUGGAUGUUGUAGAUGAAUCUACCUCAUUACUUUACCAACAAAGUGUCACUUUCGUGGAUCAAAUAGUACAAACAUUUUCUUAAUUGAUUUGCCUCUAUCCACUGACUCACUCAUUUACUUUUGAAACAGUAAGGAAAUGUAUUAUGGAUCAUUGUUUUAUGUACAUUAAUUGGACAUAAAUGACAUCUCCAUUUUCCAAUAUGUAAAUUUUGUCCUACCUAAGAUAUAAUAAUAUGAUGACUCUAAUAUUAAGAGUUAAUGUUUUUGUUACUAAUACUUUUUAUGUUGAGUCGAUUAUGCACAUUUUAACGACCUUAUAAUGUAGUUUCUUCAAGGUGUAUUUUUGAAGUGAGUAAAGAAAUUUGUAGCGAUUAGUAAAUAGCGUUGUUUGACCGCAAGCAUGUGUAAAUGUAGAACUCAUUGCUGAAAAAAAUAAUGAAAGUAUAAACAGUAAAUACACAGUGAUGAUAAAAUAUUUAACUGUUAUACCUUUCUGCAAUUUUGAUUGCAGUGUAUCGCAGUUUUUCGCGAAUUAUAAUUUUUGUAUUGUUUUUAAAAUGCCCAUGAGUGCCAAAUCAUUUUGCUUUAAUUAUAGUUCUAUUUUUCAUGUGUUUGUAUUUGUCUUGAUUGUUUAUCAGACUUAAAAAUAGGUAUCUGACGAAAAUCUCCUUUAAUGUUAUUUGAGAUUUUUGAUGAAACAUUGUAGAUAUUAGUCACAAGAAGUAGCCUGUGAGUGUAAGUUUAUGAUUAAUUUCUAUUCCAUUAUUUAUGACAAUAGAUAUUGCAAACACUGUUACAAAUAAUGGAUAUUAAUAAGUCCCUUUUAAAAAUUAGCCAGGUUUUGCAAAAAUGGGUAUUAUGCCUUCCAGCCUGAGAAUCCAUGAAGUUUGCUCAGGAUGUUAUGACCAGGCAUGUCUUGAGCUAUGCUUGACAAUGACAUAAGACCCAUAUUUGCAUGAUGUGGGUUAAAUAAUGUAUAUGCUUCAUACGUAGGCAAUUUUAAUGGAUUGAUUGUGUAAAAACAAAGAGCUGUGUUAUAUCAAUGUAGAACCCGAAUAAACUUACAUAGGUGUUAAAAGCCAACAUUAAUUUUCCAUUAAAGAAUAAUAUUUCUUGAUCUAUGUUUGGUUUAGCCAUCCGAGAAAUAUAGGCCACUAAAUGCGGCUGUCCAGUAGAAAUUGUUUAAUAGUUUUAUAUUGAAUUCUGGGUUCAUAAACCAGUUAAUAAAAAAAUGUAUUUUAUUUUUGAAGUUGUCUAAGUACGUAUAGUAGCCAAUGGUAAGAAUGAUCCGAUAUUGGGAUAAAUUUGAUUGUAGUAAAUAACAUAGUUAUUGUUUCGAAAUUAAAUAUGCUUUGUUAUGAUAGGAGACCAUGAUGUAACUAACACAUAUCCAUUGAUCAUUUCAAAAUUGUUGUUGCGAUUUGUUGUAGCGUUACUCGUGCGUUUCGGAGUUUUGUUUUCAACUUAUAUACUGUUGGUGGAUUUUAUUUAAUUGCCCUGUAAAUAGCUUGUUAACUUUAAUGUAAAAUAAUGUAAAACAUGUAAAUAGUGUAUAUACGUACUAUGUUUGCAUACAUAGCAAUUAAUUUAUUAUUGACAGUGUUGUAACAGAUGAUUUGUUUUUAUAUAUCUUAUCAGAGUCUGAUGAAAGUUUGUUGCCAUGGAAAUCAGUUGAUUAUUGUUUCUAUGGUAACAGAAAUUUUGGAAGGUUUAUUAUCAAAAAAAGAAGCUGUGAUGGAAUAUUGAAAUUGACUUGUUUUUCUUUUGUUGUUUUUUAAUUCUGAAAAAAGUUUUAUGUCUGUAUAAAUUUCCUCUCUGUACUCUCGAAUCUGUGUAAAAAGAGGUUUAUGUAUCAUGUGACUUUCUCUUUGAACCAUUUAAGCUAUUAUGAAUUGUCACUUCCUUAAUUUAUGGUUAAAUAAUUUGAUUGCAUAGCAUUUUUUUUUAAUCAUUUCAGUCAAAGUUUUUAAACGUAUUAGUGUUUGAAAAAAAAAAUACUGUAAAAUUUUUACUAAAAAGGUUUUGCAAGUGGCUUUUCAAUCAACUUCAAAAAGGAAAGAAAUAAUCAGAAAUCUUAUGGUCUUUUCUAUUUUACCUACUGGUAACUGUGAAUAAUCCAAAAAUGAAUCUUAAAACAUCCUGGUUCAGUAACAGUUCGGUCAUUUUGAAUGACGCCACUAGCAGACCAUGAUUUAGAGACUCUAUAAUAUAUGCUGAUGUAAUGGCUGUUAAGUACUUAAACAAAACUGGUCAAAACUCUCUUGGCAAAUUUGUAUCUCAGAAUUUUGCGAGCUUUAAAUUCAAAGUUCAUGUUAGCACAUUAAUGAAAUAAAAAUAAAAAUAUCUGUUUUGGUUGUGGUCUUUAGAAAAUAUAUCUUUGAUCCAAAUAUAAGUCGCACCACCUGUUGUUAGCCUCAUGGUCGCACUUCUGUCAUCUGUCUUCACUACUUACUGUGCAUUUCUUCUCUGUGAAUCAUAGCAGAUAAAUAUGAGCUGUGCUCUGUGAAAAAUGGGGUUCAACCCUUUGCAUGCUGGGAAAUUUUUCGUCUGCUAAAAUGUUGUCUGCUAAAUUUAUAAAAUUAGCAUAUUCUUUGAUUUUUUUUUCAAAGAAUACUAUCAGAAUAGCAAACAGUUUGGAUCCUGAUGAGACGCCACGUUUUGUGGCGUCUCAUCUGGAUCCAAACUGUUUGCACAGGCCUUCAAAAUUCGGUUCCCGCACUGAAAGGGUUUAUGCAUGUGCGUAAAGUGGCAUCCCAGAUUAGCCUGUGCCCUCUGCAAAGGCUCAUCAGGAACGAUACUUUCUGCAUAGACUUGAGUUUCGUUAAGAAGAGACUUUCUCUUAAGGAAACAUUCUAUAACAGCGGAAACUGUCGUCCUAAUCUGAGACGACACUUAACGCAGGUGCAUUUAGCCCCGUUUUCUCAGAGCAAGUCUUGUAUAUUAGUAUUGCAUUUGAAACCAAAACAUUACAAAUUGUUGCCUUACUAUUGUCACGGUCUUUCAGUAUUAUGCAGCCAUCAGCUAUUGAUUUGUAUGUUAUGCAGUGUUAUUUUGCUGAUUCAGCAUAGUUGUUGUUUAAUCAAUCAUUAUUUACAGCUCGAGCUUUGAAUUUUUUCUCGUGAAAAGUUUUUAACACAUUUUUUCUUGUUAAGGAUGCUUCAAAAUACACACUUUAGUGAAAGUAUAUUGAAAGAAUAUAGAUUAAUCUGAAAACCAUGAAUUCCUUCUUUCCUCAUGGAGGUAUUUCAAUAGUUUUUUUAACUCGCAAUAAAAUUAUGGACUUAAUGGGAUUUCUCUAUUUAUUUUUUUCUAAAAACUAAUAGAAAUAGAAAACUUAUUGUAGUUUGGCUGCAGAGCACAUGUAUUAUGAUUUACUUUUUCCUGUCUCUCUUCCUUUUUUUGUCCGAAAACGGAGCGCCAGAUGAAAUAAACUAGUGUAUGCAGUAUUAUUUAAUAGAUUUCUGCCGAAUCUUUGACUUUGAAAUAUAAGCAAUAAUAUCAUUGACAAAAACAGAUGUAAAUAUGCAAAAUGGAAAAAUACCCAAAAGAUGCCUCUAUGCAAAAUGUUAUAGUAACAUUUUUGUCAUUAUGUAAAUACAUUCACCAGUUUGUGUAGUGAUAUUUUAUACUGUGUAAAUUCAAGUACAUUAUAUAAACUGUUUGUAAUAACAAUAUAUUGGUUUAGACUCCAGAAGAGGUACAACUGAACAGUGUAACAACUAAAAUACAUUAAUAUUCACUAAUAUCACUCGGAAUAACAAUUUCUUUAAUAACUUGUCUUUUGUCUUUUCAACAAUAUUUGCCAUAAUUAGAUAAAUAUGAUAAAUGGUUAACCCUUUCUUGCUCGGGAGCAUAGUACAAAUGGUUAAAUACAACCAUCAUAAAAGCAGAAGUAACUGAGAGUAACUGGCAGUCUGUUCAGAUUUUAAUGCUGUUUGUUGUUCAUCAAUAUCGUUAUGAAGGAAAUGAAGGUUUUAAAACGUGAAUAUAGUACAAAUGGUUUCUAAAUUUAUUUGAUUUUCUAAGGGACUUGAUCAAAAGCAAAAGUUGAACUCUGCUUCUUAUUUUCACUAUUUAAGUUUUAAAUUAAUGCAUUAUUGCCAAAUCACUUGUUAAAACCCCACUAACUGACACAAUUUUAUGAUAAGAGAAACUUUUACUACUUUUUAUACGCCCGUAUAAAAUACGGGACGUAUUAUGUGAAACCCCUUGGCGGGCGGCGGGCGGCGGGCGGAAGGCAUCACUUUGUCCGGACUCUAAUUCAAAUUGUAUUCAUCCGAUCUUCACCAAACUUGGUCAGCAGUUGCAUCUAGUUGAUAUCUAGGCCAAGUUCGAAUAUGGGUCAUGCCGGGUCAAAAACUAGGUCAUAGGGUCAAUAAGUGCAUUUUCAAAGGGGCCACUUUGUCCGGACUCUAUUUCAAAUUGUAUUCAUCCGAUCUUCACCAAACUUGGUCAGCAGUUGCAUCUAGUUGAUAUCUAGGCCAAGUUCGAAUAUGGGUCAUGCCGGGUCAAAAACUAGGUCAUAGGGUCAAUAAGUGCAUUUUCAAAGGGGCCACUUUGUCCGGACUCUAUUUCAAAUUGUAUUCAUCCGAUCUUCACCAAACUUGGUCAGCAGUUGCAUCUAGUUGAUAUAUAGGCCAAGUUCGAAUAUGGGUCAUGCCGGGUCAAAAACUAGGUCAUAGGGUCAAUUAGUGCAUUUUCAACGGCGCCACUUUGUCCGGACUCUAAUUCAAAUUGUAUUCAUCCGAUCUUCACCAAAUUUGGUCAGAAGUUGUGUCUAGAUGAUAUGUAGGUCAAGUUCAAAUAUGGGUCAUGCCGUGUCAAAAACUAGGUCACGAGGUUACUUAGUGCAUUUCAAGCAUUUAGCAUGGUGUCCGCUCUCUAAUUGAAGUAGUUUUCAUCUGAUCUUCACCUAAUUUGGUCAGAAGUUGUGUCUAGAUGAUAUGUAGGUCAAGUUCGAACAUGGGUCAUGCCGGGUCAAAAACGAGGUCACAUAGUGCAUUUCAAGCAUUAAGCAUGUUGUCCGCUCUUUAAUUGAAGUAGUUUUCAUCUGAUCUUCACCAAAUUUAGUCAGAUGUUACAUCUAAGUGAUAUCUAGGUCAAGUUCAAAUAUGGGUCAUGCCGGGUCAAUAACUAGGUCUUGAGAACACUUUCAAGCAUUGAGCAUGGUGUCCAAAACCUUCGAACGGGCGUAUCUUGUGACAGUUUGGCACUCUUGUUUUACUAUAAUGUUACCUACAUUCACAAAAAAUCAAUCUAUCCACUUCUUAGUGUGUUUUUUUCAGACACGAAUCAAUGAAAAGAAAGACCAUAUAAACGUUUAUGCUGAAUGAGACUGUAUCUUCAAAUUCUAAGUAUUGCUCUUUUUUUCUGUCUAUCUUAUGUGCCAAAGUUAUUGAGUGCUUUGUUGUUGGAAUCUUUGUAAGAGUUGCCUUGUUGUUUAUUACAGAGUUGUAUGUGUAACAGUAAGGUCUCUUUGGGAAUUGCUGUUGGUAGACAUAUACAGUCAUACUUUACACAGAUCUAUAAUCUUGUAGUAAUAGGGCCCGUACAGCGUUUCAGCUUACCUAUAUUAUACCAGAUUAAAAAAAUAUAUUUUCACAGCAGCAUUCUGUCUCAAAGAAAGUAAUGCCCUGGAUAUGCAAAUAAGGAGAACUUAACUGAAAUUACAGUCAACUGUUAUCAUGACCAGGAUGGAUGGAUAAUGUAUUAAGGUCAUACAUAGAAACUAAACUGAAAAUGAACAAUAAACGCAACUCUUAGUGCGUCUCAAACUCUUGUGAGACAAGCUUUUAUUGAAGGUUGCACUGUGAAAUGUCAAGCUGAUCAGCUUUUGAAUACCCGGUAGAGUGCAUGUUACUGUUACACAGAGAGAAAAGAAACAAUACACGUUUGUGUGACAGGAUUGAUUUUGAAUCUCAAGAAAUCCACAGUUGACCAAACAUUUUAGUAUAUUGUAGAGACUUUGUAAUUUGCCUUUAAUUAUUGUAUGAUGACUAGCUUUUAUGCACAAAAAGCUAUGACAACAUCAAAAUUUCUGAAAUUCAUGUGUGAAGUUAACUUUUCAUGUGUUAAUUUACUACGUAUUUACCAACAUUCUUAUGUCAGUGUCCACUUGGUGCACUGUUAAAAUGCACUGUUCCAAAUGUGUGUACUUUUAAAAAAUAUUUCUAACUUUCUUUCUUGAAUUUUUCUUCUCAGUAAUUUUACACUGUUAAUGUACUCUUACACAUGUCACUCUAUAGAUUAUUUGUCCACUUUCAGUUUACAUCAGUUGAAACAAAUUAUAUUGGACACCUUGUUCUGAUUAAUUAUGAGUAAAAGCUAUGGUCGAGUUUACAUGUAUGUCAUACUAUCACCUAUUUAAGCAAUCGUUUGACAUGAAGGCUUUUCUUUAAGAACGCUUCUAGAAAAAAAGACGAAAAUGAAAAAAAGCUAUUUUUAGGGCUGAGGGGGAUUCUGUUUAAUGUUUGUUAUUUUCUAUAUAAGAUUAAAAAACUUAACUCUCGGCUCUGCAUAUGUAGCUUGCGAACUGUUUAUAUUCAUUUGACCAUAUUGCCUACUUUGAAACACAGUAUUACAGUUGUGGUAGAAGGUGUAAUAGAGCUAUGCAGUUUUUGUGGUUUAGUCUGGUAUUGUUGAAUGGGUUAUUUCUUGAUAACACAGUUUGAUAAUGAUUGUGAACUUUUUGUUAAUGCAAGUCUAAAUAUUGUAUGACAUUUUUGUUUUGUUUUAAGCACUGGUUAUUUAUUUUUUAGCCAUUUGUAUUUAUCUUAAUAUUUUGACUGAAUAAAGUUAUGGAGUAAAACGA